GGCGGCAGGGAAACCCAAUGUAUUUGCAGCUGCAUCCAGGUACACUGCAAGGUGAUGAAAUCAGGAAUGAUGCAGCUGACAAAGAGAUAUAAAUGCUGCGUCGGCCUCGGUCGGUUUCAUUUAUUUGCAAUGUGAAUCACCUUCGGCUUUGACUACGGUCUUCAACAUCGAAAGCCUGCAAACGAUGGAGAAAGGGUGUCAUAUCCAUGACCAGAGCAAGGCUGCGGACGCAGUCAUCGAAAAUGUCGCUCUUAAGGUGGAGCAAGCGCGACUUGCCGCCGAAGAAGAGCAUCAACUCUCGGUAUGGGAGGCUCUCACCAAGGACAAAGUAGUGGUCUUCUGGUGCAUUUUCUUCGCCUUUAGUGCAGUAGGAUGGGGUUUCGAUGCUCAGGUCAAUGGUGCCAUGAUCUCGGUGCCGCAAUUCCGUCUCACCUUCGGAUACAUCUAUGAAGGCCAACCUGUGCUUCCGGCAAGCUGGCAAAGUGGCUUCAACAGCAUCUCAAGUGUCGGUCAAUUCUUUGGAGGCUUUGCUUGUUCAUGGGUCUCCGACCGUGUAGGACGAAAGAAUUCCCUUCUGAUCGGGCUGAUCUUUGUCACCGCUGGCAUAUUUGGCGAGAUCUUUUCAAUCACAAGAGCGGCCUUUCUCAUUGGCAAGCUGAUCCUGGGCAUUGGACUGGGAUUUUACCUGACCAUCGGCCCUCUCUACUGUUCGGAGGUAGCACCUGUGGUCCUUCGAGGCAUGGUAACAGGCGGAGUGAAUUUUGCCAUUGUUAUCGGUCAGCUGUUGUCCAACGCGGUCAUCAAAGGCUUCGGAGACAGAAAUGAUCGAUGGGCUUUCCGUGGACCUUUCGCGGUUCAAUUUCUAUUUGUUGCCAUUCUUCUUGUCGGACUCCCCUUGGCGCCAGAGUCACCAUGGCAUUAUGUCCGUCGCGGCCGUAUCGAGGAUGCCAGACGCUCGCUCCAGCGUCUUCAUGGCAAAGACACUGAUGUCGGACCUAGACUUGCGAUGAUCAUCAGAACUGUGGACUACGAUAUCGAGCUCUCUCAAUCAGCAAGAUGGGUCCAAUGCUUCCAGGGGACAAACUUGAUCCGGACAACAAUCUCUGUGGGUGUCUUUGCGUGCCAACAUCUCUCCGGUAUUGUGUUCGUUCUCGGAUUCUCGACCUAUUUCUUCGAGCUAGCAGGGAUACCCACCAGCCACGCUUUCGAUCUCGGUGUCGGAGUUACGGCUUGCGGUGUGGUUGGCGUCGUUGUUUCGUGGAUGGCCAUCAACACUGUCGGCCGCAGGAAACUCUUCAUUUGGGGAAUGAUUGGCAUGACAAUCGUGCUUGUGCUCAUGGGUAUCCUUGACGUCGUCCAUACUUCGGCUGCCCGAUGGGUGCAAGCCUCAUGCACCGUUGUCUAUGCGCUCAUCUACCAAGCCACGAUUGGUGUCCUUGCAUUUGCUCUGCUUGGAGAGGUUUCGACACCAGCUCUCCGUGCGAAAACAAUCGGACUCGCCACAGCUUGUCAGGCUGUGUUUGGCACCGUGAUGAAUAUUGUUGUUCCGUACAUGGUCAACCCAGAUAAGGCGGAUCUUAAGGGGAAGGUCGGCUUCAUCUUUGGUGGUGCUUGCCUCCUUGGUACGAUUUGGAGUUACUUCUACAUUCCUGAGCUCAAAGGCCGCACUUUCCAGGAGAUCGAUUGCCUAUUUCACCACAGGGUGCCGCCGAGAAAGAUGGGCAUGUGCAAUCUUGAGGAAGUCGAUGAUGCGUUGUAAUGACGGGGAAGAUGCAGUGCAUGUCGACGAUCUCCUCGGAUCGCCAGUUA